CUUUGGGACGCCUCUUAUCGAUAACUUGCAAGCCAUCCCAGAAAUUAACCCUCAUAAUUUCUCCCCGCAUCUGCUCACGAUGAACUCGUCAUCGCGCAUACCACCUCUUGUACAACCCUAUGUCAAGCUCCCUCGCGACGACUCGCUACUCCUCCUCACAAGCACACUUGGCGCCAGCGCAAACUGGCUGCUCACACGAUUCCUCUGCGAUGCGCUGAGCAACCACACACAAGAUGGCGGGGCAGACGAAGGUCACAAUGUGGUGCUCGUGUCAUGGAUGAGAGACUAUGACUUCUGGAAACAAGAAGCUAGGAAAGGCGCAGGGCUGGAUCUGGAGAGGCUGAAGAGGGAGAAGAGGCUCGCGUUCGUGGAUGGGUUGAGUGGGCUGGUUAUGGGCGAUGGGACAGGUGCGCAGACACAGCAAUCGCAGGCGCAACGACCCCAGCAACCUCAGACAGGAUUACAUCCUGCGAGACUGACGAAAGAGAUCGAUCCGCCGCAGCGACCAGGGCAGAUACUGCCUGCUCGAGGACCUCCAGGGCGCACACUACCUGCCAGAGGUCCCUCUGCACCCACCGCGCAACCCGCACGUCCUACCUCAAACACGAUCGCCUCAUCGACGACACCGCAAACAAGGGCCAGCCAAAGCACAGGACACUACACCCUCACGUCCCUCGACCUGGCACAUCUCCGCACCACCCUCACGAGCGCUAUAUCCGCCCUCACGUCCACCACCACUUCUGCGCCACGGAAAACCCUCGUCAUCCUCGACACCCCCGACGUGCUCCUCACCCUCUCCUCGACACCAUCUGCCGCUUUCACGUCGCUGCUCCUUCAGCUCCACAACACGCCCACGGUUUCCCAUGUGCUGACGCACUUACACGCGGACACGCCGCUCCUCAGCCCGUCAUCGCCUGCGCAGCCGCUCGAAAUCAGCCAGUUUAAUUUGGUGACCAAGGUCGCGCAUAUGAGCCGCAGGGUGAUGGAGGUGAGGGUGCUGGAUACGGGGGUUGCGCGGGAUGUAAGUGGGGUUGUCCGGGUUACCGAGCAGAGUGUUGGGUGGGAGGGGUUGGGACUUGAGGAGGAGGAUGGGCGGCAGCGUGAUGCUAAUGACAGUGGGAAGGGGAAAGAGUUUUUGUAUCGAGUCAAGGGGGAUGGGAGUGUGAAGGUGUUUGAGAGAGGGGCUGGUGGGGAGGGCUGAGUGAGUAUGGUGGGUGAGAAGGUCUGAGUCGAAGGCAUUGACGAAGCACGGAAAGACGGAAUCAAGUGCGGAGCUUGACAGGUCUUCAUGAUCGGGCUGCGAAUGAAGGUGGCACGCAGCAGGUGUAGAAGAGACAUGCUUGCGAGACCUAGAUAUGGCGACUGCCACUCGUGAAAUGAGUUUGAACUCAAUGUC